GGCAGCUGUCCUCCUCCAGAGCUACACGUCACAUGGACAGAUGUGCUGACUCCCCGUCUUUCUGGUUCCUCUGUGCUCACCCAGCUCUCGUCGGAGGCCUGGAGCUGCUGUGACGGAGACCUGACCGUCUUCAGACCCCCCCCCCGGCCCCCCACAACUCAUUCAGCAUCCCCAGCCUCCAAGAUGACGUCCAGCAGCAGCAGGUACCGGAGCCGCGCUGCUCGAGCAGGUGAGCUGCCGCAGGUGGACGGAUGAAAACAGCUGGUUGACUACUAACCCUCUUCCUGCCAUUUCUGCUUUUAUUCCGGUUCUCCUCGCGCUGGAAACGGCCGGAUGUGCCCCCCCACCCCAACCCCCUCCUGGUGAAACCUGAACUCUGCUUCAUGGUGGAUCAGAGGAUGCGGAGGAGAAAGAGUAUGUCGGUUUUGCGACAUUGCCCAACCAGGUGCACAGGAAGUCCGUUAAAAAAGGCUUUGACUUCACGCUGAUGGUGGCAGGUGAGUCCGGUCUUGGUAAAUCCACCCUGGUCAACAGCCUCUUCCUUACAGACCUCUACAAGGAGAGGAAGCUGCUGAACGCUGAAGAGCGCAUCAGACAGACAGUGGAGAUCACAAGGCGAACGGUGGACAUCGAGGAGAAAGGGGUGAAGCUGAAGCUGACCAUUGUGGACGCUCCAGGGUUUGGAGACGCUGUCAAUAACACGGAGUGCUGGAGGCCGGUCACCGACUACAUCGAGCAGCAGUUCGAGCACUAUUUCAGGGACGAAAGCGGACUGAACCGGAAGAACAUCCAGGACAACAGAGUCCACUGCUGCCUCUACUUCAUCUCCCCAUUUGGACAAGGGCUUCGUCCGAUCGAUGUGGAGUUCAUGAGGGCCCUGCAGGAUAAAGUUAAUGUGGUUCCUGUCAUCGCUAAAGCCGACUGCCUCACUCUGCUGGAGAUAAAAAAGCUCAAAGAGCGGCUCAGGGAAGAGACUGAUAAGUAUGGGAUAAAGAUCUAUCAGUUCCCAGACUGCGACUCGGAUGAAGACGAGGACUUCAAACAGCAAGAUAGAGAGCUGAAGGAGAGCAUCCCCUUUGCCGUCAUUGGCGGGAACACAGUGGUGGAGGCGCGAGGCCAGCGGGUGAGAGGGCGACUCUACCCGUGGGGCGUCGUGGAGGUGGAGAACCCGUCCCACUGUGACUUUGUGAAGCUCAGGAACAUGCUAAUAAGAACUCACAUGCAUGAUCUGAAGGACACCACCAACGACUGUCACUAUGAGAACUACAGGGCUCAGUGCAUCCAGAGCAUGACCAGCAAGAUGAAUGCAGAUAAACGGGUGGAGAGUCCCAUCCCUAUCCUGUCGCUGCCCACACCAGACGUGGAGACGGAGAAGAUCAUCAAGAUGAAGGAUGAAGAACUGAGAAGGAUGCAGCAGAUGCUUCAGAAAAUGCAGCAGCAGAUGCACGAGCAGGACCUGUGAUGCCCAACCAUCACCUAGAAAUCCAAGUGAGGCAACAAGGAAGCGUUGCUCAUGGAUGAAUGGGAGAUAGAACGACAGCAUGCUUUGUUUUUAACGCAGUCACUGGCCAAGUGAGUCUCUUAGAUGACACAGAACAGCUAAACUUCAGACACAGUAGGUGAAUGGCCGAGCUCUGAGCUUGAAGCACUGUUCCAGCUGCUGCAUCGGUUAUUUUAGCAGUCGAGGUUAAACCUGGUUGCACCAGUUACGAUUAAGCACCAACAGUUAGUUUGACAGUGUUCACCGGUGUAAUCAGUUUUGUUUCUCUGCACUAAUAAAAAAGGUUAUCUAGUCUUAGUGGGUUGUAAUUUUAGACAAAGGAAGAUGGACCACACAUUUUCUUUUACUUAUUGUGAAAUUAUCAAUAAUAUAAGCAAACAGGGAAAACGUGGACAAGACCGAGUACCCCCAGGACUCUGCAGCUUUUAGAUUCACCUCUAGCAGAAAUAACUUGAUGUAGAUAUUUCCUGCGUGACUUUACUUGUGGUUAAGGUAUAGCCAACAUUCUUAGCUACAACAAGCUAACCUUUUAACUUUAGCGCUCAAACUAUAACAUAAUAGCCCAUACGCAGGCAAGUUAUAAUAUAGCUACCAGGGUUAGCUUUAAGCUACCCUCCUACUUACAGGUCAGAGUUAGCUCUAAAAGGUAAUGCUAUAGCUAGGUCAUGCUAUACAUUAACCUUUAUCUGGGUUAGCUACAGAAAAACUAACAUGGUAACAUUAGCUAUAACAAGCUAAACAUUCAGCUAUUGAUGAACUGAUGAAGUUCUUACAUGAUGUUAGCUAUAACAAGCUAACUUUUUAUCGAUGGAUCAGCUAACAGCGUUAGUUAUAACAAGCUAAUAUAUAGCUAGGUUAAUUGUAGUCUAGAUAAUAUGUUUGCUAUAAUAAGCUAAACUUUUAGCUGUGGGUCAAUUAGCAGGGUUAGCUAUAACAGGAAAAUAUAUAUCAAGGUUAGCUAAAGGUUAGCUUGAUAGGUGACCUAUAGCUAAUCUAUUCAUCUCCAUGCUGUAGGCUAACAUGUUCAAGAUUGCAUUGCAGAGGGGCCCUGGAUAGCUCAGUGGGUUGAGCGGGUGCCAUUUGGCUAUAGUCCUUGUGCGGGCAGUGCAGGUUCGAGUCCCGACCUGUAAGAUACUGCAAUGUCUGUCCCCCUCUCUCUACCCGCUUCCUGUCUACCUACUUUCUAAAUAAAGGCCAUUACUGCCACAAAAACCUUUAAAAAAAGAAGAUUGCAUCAUAUGUCAAGCUUAAGGUAGUUAGUUGGUAGCUUUUCAAAAUAAAAGGUUCAGCCUCCGCCCUAACCUCCACUAAUGUUUUAGCUUGUUAGCCUAGUUACUGGUGCACUUUUACCUGGGUCAAACCGGAUCACGUUGGUGUCAAUUUUGUCUGAGAUCAGUAAAAAUCACAAAGUUUGAUUUGUAAAGAUGAAGUUGUGUCUGAAAUGAGACAGUAAGACGUUCUUCCACCACGCAGGACUACGUGGCUUGUCUUUGGACACUUGUGUUAUUUUUUUAUUGGCACAUUCAUUAAAAUGUGA